AUGGCCAAGUCCGCUAUUGAGAGCUAUGCGAUCCUUCACACGAUUGGUGAAGGCCAAUUCGCCAAAGUGAAGUUGGCCCAGCAUGUUCUGACCAAGGAGGUGGUAGACAUUAAGGUCAAUCCAAAGACAAAUCAGAGGUCCUCCGGCCUCAAGGAACAGAAUCAAGAGGUUAACAGCAUAAAAACCAUAAACCACCCGAAUAUUGUAAAACUACUAGAAGUGAUUGAUACUGAGGAGGCUCUAUUUAUAAUAAUGGAGUAUGUCAGUGGAGGAGACUUGUUCAUCUACUUGGAGGCCAAAGGCCGCGUGACGGAGGGGGAGGCCCGAGGCCUGUCCCGCCAGCUGCUCUCGGCUCUGCAGCACUGCCACCAGCGGGGCGUGGUGCACCGGGACUUGAAGCUGGGCAACCUCCUCCUCGACGCCAACAACAACGCCAAGAUCUCCGACUUCGGCCUUAGCAACCAGUGGCACCCACAAAAGAAGCUAGACACUUUGCGGCAGCCCCACGUUCAUGGCCCCAGAACUCUUCCUGGGGAGGCCUUACACAGGCCUAGAGGAGGAUGUGUGGAGCCUCGGUGGUGUCCUGUACACCAUGGUAACUGGAUCCCUCCCCUUCGGGGGACAAUAUUUCUGGGAGCUGCGGCAGCGUGUGCUUAGGGGGCAAUACCAUGUGCCCAAAUAUCUAUCUAACAAGAUAACAGACUUACUAGACAGAAUGCUAACACU